AUGGCAGAACAGUGCCCAUUAACAUGUAACAAAUGUACACCUAACACAGGAAUGCCGUCAGGUGAGCUAGCGCACAUUUCGAGGAAGACCAUCAGUGUAAUUAUUAUCUCCAGGCUGCCGAGAUCUUGUCAACCCCCGAACGGGUGUAUCGGAUUGUCCGCAGAGAAGCUUACACUGCCGAAAUGUCGCUUAUCUCCAGGUCAUGAGAGAGCAAUGCCCUAA